AUGGGUUUAGAUUAUGCGAAAGUUAUAUCUGUUGGUAUGGCGCUUCUUACAGAAAUGAUUAUAGGAUUCCUAUUCGUGAAGCUUAAACUAUUAAGCGGGAAAAAAGUUCCAAUGCUCAACAAAUUUUGUUAUCAAGCAAUGUUCUUCCCUUUAGUUUUUCGAUUUCUUGCGAAUAAAACACUUUCCGAACUAGACUUUAAGCCAUUCGUCGUAUUAGCUGUAGGUUCUCUCUGCACACAAGUCCUUUUGCUAUUAUUAUUCCUUUUUCCUUUCAAAGAUCGUGCUGAAACAUACAUAGCUACAUUUUGGCCAUCAUUGUUUGUCAAUUACGUCAUUGUGGGUAUCCCUAUUUACAAUUCUAUUUGGGAUCCUAAAAAUGUUAUCAUUGUCUCAAUUAUCACAUUGAGUAACGAUGUUAUUACAACUCCUGUAUACCUAAUUGAAUCAGGUGUAUAUAAUUUAUUCAAGAGAAACAGGAUUCAUCGCGAAAAUGGUGAAGAAACAGAAAAAUUUUCUUUCAAGAUUUUCUUGAGCAUUCUAAAGCUUCUCGCUACUUCACCAAUUAUUCUUGGUGAUUUAUGCGGCUUUAUAUGUGCAUGCAUUGGAAAAGGUGUUCCAACUUAUUUACAAAGAAUUAUGGACAUUGUUGCUGAUGGUGUCCUUGGUUUAGCACUUUUCUGCGUUGGUGGAUUCCUUGCAAGCCAUUCAAUCAUUGCUUGCCCAUGGUGGCAGUUCAUUUUUGCACUUGCCAUCAAAUUUAUUGUUUUUCCAAUUAUUGUUGGUUUGAUUGCUUCAGCAUUCAAGCUUAGCCACACUCUUUGCAGAUGCUGCACUGUCUUAUCUACUCUUCCUACAGCUUCAUCUUGUUACAUGAUGGCUCAAGGAAAUGGGUUUGGACAGGGAGUUUCAUCAACAAUGAUCUUUUGGACAAUGGCACUAUUCAUACCAGUCGUUCUUGCCUGGUUCGCUGUGCUUGAUGCCCUCAAGAUUUUUGUUGAAUAA